CGUGAAUCAGCGUUGUGAUUGGUCAGCACUGAGCUCUGUUUUUGCGCCUCAGGCCGAACCCGAUCUUUCCCGUUCGGCAAACUCGCGCAUCCUAAGGCCAUUCCUUUUCGACGACGAAUUCGACGAGCAAUUGAACGACGAACACGGCUUCUACCGCCCUACAAGUCAAGAUGGUUUCCGCUACUCCCUUCCGCGCUGCGGAGUUCAAGAGCAACUUCGGCCCCAAGUACCAGUACCAGCCCAACUUCCUCGGCUUCACUGGCCAGAGCGCUUUCCGAAUUGGCUCUCGCCUCGCCAUGUACGGCGCCCCCGCCGUCGUUGGUGUCCUCAUGUUCGCCUCUGGCAUCCCUCGUGUCCAGCGUGACAUUCUCCAGAAGAUCCCCUUCGUGGCCGAUUUCUUCAAGAAGGAGACUCACCCCGCCGACAACCCCUUCUAAAUCUGCUGGUGGACGACAAAUGAUAGAUGUGCAUCAAUUCAUGUCCUCGCGACGUUGGCGGCACUCCUUGUAUAAGAUUUCCCAAAUAGACUUAUUCUGAACUUCGAAUUUCGUGACGUGCUGUGAAAUGGCUCUGAAAUGCUCGGGCCGUGAUUG